AUGGCAGAUGAGGUGGAUAUCUAUGGCGAUGUGGAUAGUCUGGACACGGGAGCCGACCUCUACGGAGACAUUGUCGAAGACAGCAAACCCGUCGCGCCUCAACAAAGACCGCAACAGCAGUCCAGCUUUGGUGCGCCGGGUCAACCGGUGCCUUCCAGACAGCAGCAGCAGCAGCAGCAGCAACAACCCAGUGUCGUACCUUCUGCAAAUGGCUUUCCAGCUUUUCUCGAUCCCGUAGUCGCAAGCCGACUGGACCCAUCUCAAGUCGCGCUAACUAUCUCAGAAGUGCACUGGUGGACAUCAGAUGAAGAUCUACGCCAGCUCUGCGCCAGUCUCGGCAUCCAAAUUGAUCAUAGCAAGAUCGCGUACUCCGAGCACAAAGUCAAUGGCAAAUCUAAAGGUCUCGUCUAUUUGGAAUUCCGGACAGCGGCAGAAGCAGCAGCCAUGAGGCAAUGGUUCGAUGACAAUCAAUUCCAAGGCAAGCAGAUCAGCGGCCAGCUCGGCCAAGCGGCUCGAGACAGCAAUCCUUUCAAGGGUGGCAAAGAUUUCGGCAUGCCAAACCCUGUGGUGAACUUCCGAGGAGGCAGAGGGGGUGGUGGCGGGUAUAACAACGGUCCGUCUCGAGGGGGACCGAGUGGUCGAGGUGGAGGUCAAUACAACGAUCGUGGAGGCGCAAACGCUGGCGGCUACUCUGCUCGAGCCGCUCAGCCACCUCAACAGAUGCCGGGUAUGCCGGGUAUGCCUGGUAUGAUGCCAGGCAUGAUGCCAGGAUUCAAUGCUGCUGCAAUGAUGCAGAUGAUGCAAAAUCCCGCGUUUGCGCAGAUGAUGCCUCAAGGUCAGCCUGGCUACGGUGCAGCCCCGCGUAGCAGUACACGCUCAGGCGCAUUUGGCGAUCGACCGCAAGACAGUGCGCCUGCAACAAAGAGGCCGCGCGGUGACUAG